AUAUAUAAAUUUUGUUCGCCAAUCAUAGGUAUUAACUUAUCGUCUUUAUCUUACAGAUAGAAACAUUUCAAUUCAAAAAUGGCUGCAAAUCGUCGGAAGCAGGACGACAAAAAUUUAGAAAUUUUACGAGAGCUUAUUUCAUUAAAUGGAAAUAAAUACUGUCUAGAUUGCAACCAAAGAGGACCUACUUAUGUAAAUACCACGAUUGGAUCCUUCGUGUGUUCGAAAUGUUCAGGAAUGUUGCGUGGUCUAACUCCGCCUCACCGCGUAAAGUCCAUUUCUAUGGCCACCUUUACGCCGGAAGAGUUGGAAUUUAUAAAAGCAAGGGGUAAUGAUUAUUGUAGGCGAGUGUGGCUAGGUCUAUACGAGGGUGAAAGUGUGAACUUUACUGACGAACAAAGCGUGAAAGAUUUUAUGUCGGACAAGUACGAGAAGAAGCGGUACUAUUUGGACUCUCCACUCAAUAAUCCUGUCGUAAACGGUAGUUCAUCAUCAAAAAACAAAUCGAAAACUAAGGCUACAAGUAGUGUAACGACAAAUCCCUCUCCAUUGAUAACGAUUUCGCCUCAAACAUCUAAAGCUGUAGUAAAUAAUAAUACAAUGGUCCAGACAGCAAGAGUAGUGAACAAUGUGCUUCCUGCAGUUAAUGAUUCAAACCAUAAACUAGGCAGACCCAUCAACAGGCCAUUGAUAAACAAUGCAAGCAUGCCAGCUCAGAAUCCAGCUAACACCACAGUACCUGAUUUUCCUGUUGACUUUUCAACAGCAAAUAUUUACAACAGCAGUCAGUAUAAUAAUAAUACAAACAAUAAUUUCGUUUCGCAACCGUCAACUACUCCUACAUUUAAUGCUUUCAAUUCAACUACAUCAACAUCAAAUGAUCGCUAUGCUGCUUUAGCUGAUUUAGAUCUAGCUUUAAGACAGCAAAAUAUGAAAAAUAUGGAGGAAAACACCAUUGUUAACAAUAAGAACCCAUUCCAAAGCUCCACAACCAAUGACCUGUUUGCGAAUAAGAAUCCCUUUUUUAAUGGAGGAUGGAGUACUCUUGCUACACCAGUUCCUGUCAACCCCUUUAUGCCAUCUUCAAACAAUGGGGGCUUUGUAAACUCUAAGAAUCCAUUCCUCUGAUAGAAUUCAUGAGUCAACCAAGAGCCAUAUCAUGAUUUAGAGAACAAAUAAAUGCAACAGAAGCACAAAUCAAGCUACAAAGUUUAAUAUAAUUAAAACAGUUUAAUUAUUAUUUAUUAAUAUUAAUUUUGCCACUCUGGUAAUGUUAUAUUUAAACAACUAUCAGUUAUUUAUUGAUAAUAUACCUAAUGUGCUUAUUACGGUUGUAAACUUAGUCCCUCAGUAUGCCUUAAAAAUCCCAAUAUAAGAAAAUGUAUUUUACUGUCUGAAUUGUUGGUAUAUUGGUAUUUUUGAAACUGUUUAAGUAUUUUGAAUGAAUUUAAGAUAUUCAAUAAAUUAGAUGUAAAUGUUAUGAAAUAUUAAAAUGCUGGUCCUAGCUUUAUUCUAAAUUUAUUUUUAAUUGUAGUUAGACGAAAUCAAUUUUUUCAAGGCUAUAGUAAAAUAAUUUAAGUGGCCUUAUGGAUGUCUCGUUAAAUUAUGUACAGUUUCAUAUAUUUGUACAUAGGUAAUCCAAAAUGUAUUCAACGGUUAUUGUAAAACUGGUUAUAUGAGAACAACUCUUUAUUAAGUUUAACUUCAAAGGUUUGUUUUAAAAUUGUUUUAUGUAAAUAAUAGGGAUAAUUUGAAAUAUGUUACAGAAAUUACAUUUACUUGAAUAUAUAAUAAUAAUGAAAAUAUACAAAAUUUGACGAGAGUUUAUGACAUUACGAUUGUUAUGUAGAUUGCACAAAAAAUUGUAGUCAUAAACAUACUAAAUAUUUGCUACUAGUUUCCGGUUUGUUAUGACUCGAAUGAGUAGAUUAAAUUGAUAAUACAUAUGUAAAUGAGUCAUCUGGGCUGUGGUAUGACGUCAUUGCACAGAUUUUGAUCGUAUAAACAUUCAAGCGCCUUUUAAUUAUAUUUUGUUAUUAAUAAUAGACCAUGGCUUCUUGUCUAGUAUGCUAAAUUGGCUAUUUUAGUGGCAAAAGUUAGUGUUAUUUUACAAACACCUGAUUUUACUGCAUAGUAGUAUUGAGUAAAGUUUUUAUGUAUAAUCAUUUGUACCUGGUAGUUUGAGUUGUAAGGAAGUUAAGUCCUAAGUUUUUUACAAAAGCCUGAUAAAAUAAAAAAUACAAUGACAAAAGUAUAUUGUAGAAAAAUGCGUUAGGCUCUUGCUCACCUCAUUAAGAAUUCAAAUGUAUGUUUUAUUAUUUAUUAUAUAUAAUGGUGAAACACUAUAAUGAAAUGAAAUAAUUUGAGAAUUUAUUUCGUAAAAAGUCUAGUACCUAUUUUAACAGAAAUGACAAUGAAUAUGACAAUUUUCUUAUAUACUUUUUGUCAUGUUAGUUAUUAAUAUUUUUGCUUUAAUAAUAAUAUUGUUUCCAUACUGUACCAUAAUAUUUAGAUCCAAAUAUUCUCUAUUAAAUUAUGUAUUUAUAUUAUAUAAAUAGAUGUAAUAUAAAUACAUUGUAAUAUAAAUACUGGUUAGUAGAUUAGAAUUACUAUAUUUAAUUGCGCUACUAUUGGUAUGUGUACAGCUGCUAACAUUUGAAGAUUUACUGCUAUUACCAUCCGCAGAAAUUCUACGACCUUCUGUAUUAGUAUCUAUCUCCGACCAUUAUCCAGUACACGCACAUGUUGCACAAGGCGUCUUCGGAAAAAUUUAUAGAUUGCAGCUCGUAACCUAGUAUUAACGUUUGAUUUGAUUUGCCUUAAAACAUGGACUAGAUAACGGUCGGAAAUUGAUGACUAACAAUGGAAGAUCGUAGAACUUCUACUGAUAGAAGAUAAUAUAUAAUAUAUACUUCUACUAUAGAAGUCAAUAUUUAAAUGUUGGCAGUCGCACACGUAUUGAUGGUAUCGAAAUUAAAUAAUUCUAAUCGACUAACCAGUGAUAUGGACUUCCGUAAAAUAACAUCUGGUUUAUUUCAUUCAUAAAAUAUUUACAUUGUGAUUAGUUGGGCAUAUUUCAUGAUAGAUAUAAAAAAAAAACGCAUACAUAUAUUGGAAAAAGCUCUCAAAUCGUAUUUAAUCUGUGAUUGUAUCAGUGAAAUAUUUUUUACUUGCAUGGAGCUAAUUUGAACAAAUUAAUUUUCUAAUCAAUGCACUUUUGCUAUUUAUUUAGUUUGUAAUUGUUUUUUUACUAUUUGAGCACUAAGAUCUGUUAAUUUGUAUAAAAGUUGUAAAAAAUUUAAUCACUAUUACAUUUUUUUUAAUAAA